AUGGCUUCCAUCUACCAACUCAAUCAACCACCGAAUCCGUUUUGGGAUUUCGUCACUAGCAACCUGGAGGACCAUCCCUUCUUUGCUCCUCGUGGCCAUCACGGCCAUGGACGGAGCGGACACAGACACCCUCAUCACGAACGCACCACCGCAGGUGAUGGCCUUCAGUCCGGAGAUGACGGAGAAGCCACGGGAUCGGAUUCCAACACCCCGAACAACUGCCAUCGCUGCAACCACCGCGGAAAGGGAAAGCACGGAUACGAUCAUCAUGGUCACCCCGGAAUGAAAGGACCAAAGCCUGCCAGAACCCAGAAGUCCAAUGCAACUGCAGCCGAUGAAGCGGUCGACCCAUCGGUCGCCGCAGACAACAGCGAAGGCUCGUCCUCCGAAUCUGACUGUCCAAAUGACCAUCGCCACAAAGAUCACAAGAAGAAAUGGCAUGGCCCUGGCCACCAUGGACCAGGUCCAUUCCGGGGUAAGGGUGGCAAAGGCAAGCACGGCCACAGUCCUCAUGGGCCCUACGAAUUUCGCCCACACGGCCAUAGCCACCACGGCCCGGCCGGUUUUGGCUUUAUGCCCGGACCUCGUGGAAUGCAUGGAAUGGGAAAGCAUGGGCACGGCCCACACCAUGAUCCUCGUCGUUUCCCUGGUCAUCAUGACCAUCGUGGAAGCCGCGGGGGUCCUUUCGGGUUCGGAGCUCGUGGUCCGCGAGGCCCAGGUGGUCGCAAAACCGGAGGGCCACCCGGAGGUCCAUUUGACUUCCUGCGUAACAUCGGCGCCGGUCUCGGAUUCCCGAUGGAAGCUCCGGCAGAUGGUGUCGACUUCACGCCUUCAGUUGAUGUCUUUGACACACCUGCCAACUACGUUGUGCAUGUGUCACUCCCUGGUGCCAAAAGGAGUGAUUUGAGCAUCGUAUAUGAUGCCGAAGACUCUGUUCUCCGCCUUGCAGGUGUGGUUUAUCGUCCUGGUGUCAAUGAGGUCUUGCAUCAGGCUCUUGUUAUGGAGGAGCGUGGUCAGGAGAUUGGUGUCUUUGAACGUGAAGUCCGAUUUGGUACUCGUGUUGCACCGGCUCCUGUCGUCAUUGAUGGAAUUUCAGCCAAGUUGGAGGAUGGCGUCCUGAAUGUGACUUUGCCGAAGAUUGCUCAGGAUCCCCAGGUCCAGACCAGGAAGAUUUCGAUCGAGGAUGGGGGGAUCGAGAAGGAUUUCUCGGUGACAGAGAAAACUUUGACUCCAGUUGAAUCAGAGGAUAGCGGAAAUGAAGAGGAAGCUAGGGAGUAUGUCAAGGUUCCUGUGAAGUAG